GGUUGGUGUUACAUGCAGGCUGGAUUGUUUCAGAAGGUUUGAUCCAUUGGUAUCAUUGGGUCGUAACUGCGCGCGAAUGCCCAAUUUCUCAUCAAAUGCCCUCGUGGAGUUGACGUUGACCUUGUACAUACUUACUGUACGUGGGACUAGGGGAGAAUCGGAGUGAGGUCGGCUAAGAAUUUAGUCUCCCGGAUAUCCGCAAGCCGGGCAGAUCGACCAGAACACCCAAAACUGGCAUCCGAGGAUGCCCGGCUGGCGCAUCUUCCCCGCAGUUUAUAAUGCCCGCUUCAUCCCACUUUCUGCCCCUCAUCAACAACAGUUCCUCUGCAUUGCAUCUGCACCCACGCAUUGCGACUGACUAUCUUUCAUAUUGAUACUACAACCAAAAUGGCAAACGAACGCAUCGCCUGGAUCGGCCUGGGCAACAUCGGCCGUGGCAUGUCCCGCAACCUCGCGACCAAAGGCCCGCAAACCGCCCCGAUCACGCUCUACAACCGCACCGCCUCGCGCACCGAGUCCUUCGCCGCCACGCUCCCCGCCGACCGCGCGACCGUCGCGCCCACGCUCCCCGCCGCCGUCUCCCCCGCGACCAUCAUCUUCAUCUGCGUCGGCGACGACCCCGCGCUCGACGCGAUCAUCACCACCCUCACCUCCGCCGCCGACCUGGACCUGACCUCCAAGAUCCUCGUCGACUGCUCCACCGUCCACCCGGACACCUCGCGGCGCAUCGCCGCCACCCUCACGGAGAGGGGGGCCAGCUUCGUGGCGUGCCCGGUCUUCGGGGCCCCCGCCGCCGCGGACGCGGGGCAACUGGUCGUCGUGCCCGCGGGGCCGCAGGCGGCCAUCGACCGCCUCGCCCCGUUCCUGGAGGGGGUGGUCGCCAAAGCGGUGGUGCCGAUGCCCGGCGCCGACGUGGGGCGGGCCACGACCCUCAAGGUGCUGGGGAACACCUUCAUCCUGAACACGGUCGAGAGUCUCGCGGAGGGGCUGGUCGCGGCCGAGAAAUCCGGGCUCGGGGCGGAAGUCUACCAGGAGUUCAUCCAUCGGAUGUUCCCCGGCCCGUUCGCGGCGUACGCCGACCGCAUGUGCAGCGGGGAUUACUGCCGGCGCGAGGAGCCGCUGUUCGCGGUGGAUCUCGCCCGCAAGGAUCUGCGUCACGCGGGGAGUCUGGCGGCCGCGGCGGGGAUGCGGCUGCGCAGUGUCGAGGUGACGGAUGGGUAUCUGCAGGAGGUCAAGCGGGAGAAGGGCGAGAAGGGGGAUAUUGCGGCGGUGUAUGGGGCGGUCCGGAAGGAGGCCGGGUUGGGGUUUGACAAUUGAAUUGUUGGAUGGUUUGUUUAUAGUACUGUAAGUUACUGCAGUGCAAGUAAUUAUGACACAGCGUGUUUUCAUUA